GAGGUCGUUGCUGUCGGCACAAAGAGCGGCGUGCAGGUAUAUGACCUGCGCCGGGGCACCAAGCUCGCGCAGGCCAUGGCCGUGCCCACGCAAGACCUUCGUUCUGACGCCCACAUACAUCCUAGCCGCAAGCUCGGCGAAGCCGCUCGCCUACAUAUACGCGCAAUGAACGACGGCAAGUACAUUGUGGGCGGGAGCCAGUCGGGGCGGAUCUUGGUGUGGAUGGCGGCGACAGGGCAGCUUCUGAAAUCCUGGGAUGCGCACUACGGCUCGGUGACCUGUCUGAGCAGCGACCACGACGUGCUGCUGUCGGGUGGCGAGGACGCGGCAGUGCAUGUCUGGGUUCUGUCGCAGGCACUGGCAGCCCAGGAGAGCGUGGCGCCCCUGGCCAGCAUGGACCGACCACACUAUGCCUAUCACCGCCAUAUCCGCUAUGUCUGGCGUGCUGGCGGGUCGCGGCCGCGUGGUGUCAGCGGCCCGCGACCAGACGUGCAAGGUCUGGCAGGUCAAUGUGCAGCGGGGAGAGGGCAGCUAUACGGGCAAUGCAUGUGUGCUGGCGACGCUGCUGUUCCCGGCGCCAGUCAACGAUGUGGCAGUGGAUAGCCAGCAGACGCGCGUCUUUGCAGCCACUGCGUCGGGCGUCUUCCAGACCAACCUGUAUCAGUCGGCCGCGGCGCUUGUGGAUGUGGUGGCCGAGCCGCAUAAGGAGUUUCCGCACGCAGAGAAUGUCAGCUCGGUGGCUCUGAGCAUGGACGGCUCGGUUCUGGUGGCCAUGGGCGAUUCGGGUCUGCGCGUCUGGGAUGUGGCCAGCCGCCAGUGCGUGCGCACCGUGGCCGACCGGCAGAUGGCGGCGGGGACGGCGGGGAAGCUGCGCGUGAUGCUUGCCCCUGCGCAGCUGGGCGGCCCGUCCUCCACGACUACUGUGGGCUGUGCGCGGCCGGCGACAGCGCAGCAGCUGGGCGCGGCGCGGAUCUCCGAAUUCUCCUUGCUGCCGCUGCAGCGCUUGGAGCGCCGGAGCGGCGACGUGCCGAGCACGGCCUUUGCCGCCACUAUCAAGACGCAGCUGCCGGACUCGACUCGGGACAUGGAGCGGUUCCUGGCCAAUGCUGUGCAAACCCGCGAUAUGCAGAUGGUCCGGCGCCUGGCUCCUGGCAGCGGUGGCGAGCAGCGCGUGGCUGAGCUGACGCGUCUGGUGGGCCGCCUCGAGGAGCACCAUCGGCGCACCCGCCGCCUCAACGACGAGCUGUACCAGGGCGCCGUGACGGAAUGGCUGGCUGCCCGCCAAAAAUAAACCUCCCCUUUAUGUCAUUAAUCCACUUUGUUUCUCCCAC